AUUCGCCACAUGAAUAAAAAACCGAUCCCAGCCAAACAACCCAAAAAAUGAAAAACCACACCGCCAAAGUUCAGAAGACGACCUAAGUGGGCAGUUGUUUGAAACCCUGAAGAAACUCUAAAAAUCCAGAUCCUUCCACAGAAAACCCAAAAUCCACAUCUUCAAUUCCCAAAAGAGUCAGUGUUUAGAGGUCGUGGAGGAUUUUGAUGGGGAUAAUAAGGAGUUGUUUCUCCUUCAUUGCUGGAACGGCUUGUGGGGUUUACAUCGCGCAGAACUACAACGUUCCCAACAUCAAGAAACUUGCGGACACUGCCCUUUUCAUGGCCAAGCACGUCGAGGAGAAGUACCGCAAGCCCAAGAAGAGGGAUGACGACGAUUGAUUUGUCCGAUCGGAACGACGCCGUUUCAAACCCAGGUUCACUAGAAUGGUCAGGAGAAUUCAUCACCAGGGGCAAGUGCUGGUUCUAGCACACUCCUCGAUAAGGUCUCUAUGCUACUGUAUCUAAUAGAUUUCCUUCUAUCUUGAAACUUCCAUUUCGUUUUCUUUAGUGAUAUUUACCAUUGGCAAGGGGAUUAUAUGCACAUUGAAGUCUGCUUGUAUACAUUUUUCAAUCACUUUAAAUAGUGUGUCAGUGUCAUAUUAAAAGCCUGGGGGAACUUUGCAAUCUGAUUGCUAUAGUUUUGAUAUAGCAACA